CAGUACAUCGUCUCGAUCAGGUCAGUCGAGCUUCGCUAUUCGUGAGGUUAAUAGUCAGAUGUUACGUUACAGCCCCCUCAUACAGUAAAACUUCGCGUAGAUGACGCGCGCGGUAGCAGCAAAAGGACGCUAAGAAGAGAAAGAGUUCUUUGUGUUCUAAGUAUUACAUUACAAUCAUAUAUUCACAAUUUUCAUAUACAGCAUACACAAAAAAGCGAGUGUAGCCGAAUAUAGGCAGCAGAAAUUUAAGUAAUACAAAAAGUUAAACAUGUCAGAUGACAAUUCCCCUGUUAUUGAAGAACAAAAGAAAAAACGAGGAAGACCAUCGAAAACAGAUAAAAAUGCUGUUAAAGAAACUAAAAAAAGAGGUAGAUCUUCUUUAGAUAAAAAUAGUGCAGUACGUGCUGCAAAAUCUGAUACCGAAGAUGAUGCUACACCAGUAAAAAAAGGUAGAGGGCGACCAAAAGGCUCUCAUAAAAAAAAGCAAGGAUUACCUAAAGGAACUCCUUCUGGACGUGGUCGUGGUAGACCCAAAAAGAAAGAAGAAAAACCAGAAAGUACUGGUGAAGAAGACGAUGAGCAAGAAGAAGAGGAAGAAGAAGAAGAAGAGAAUUAAACAUGAGAAAAUAAAUCCAAUAUAUCAGAAUUAUUCUUUGAAAGUUUUAAAACAAUCUAUAACAAAUUUCCAAUUUAAGUUUGCUUCAUAAUUGUAAGAGCAAAAUAAAAUGCAUAUGAAACUUGCAUGAACAAUAUUGUGAAGGAAUUUUUUAUAAUAUUUCUUUUAUUCAUUUUUAUUAUUAUUGUUUUUAUAAGAAUGAUUGUGUCCUUAGUAUUAUAAUCAAAUGUAUAAGACUUACUGAAAAAAUUUUUUGUGAAUUUAAAGAUUUUGAUCUCAUCAAUUGACUUGCAAUUAAAACUUCGACUAACUUUAAGGUAUACUGUGUAUAAUUACAUUAUAAUAUUUCUUAUAUUUUUUACUCCUAUGUAUGUAUGUAAUUCUUGUACUGUAAGAAAUAGGAGAAAAAGUAAAAUACUUCUUGUAUGUAUCAUAUAGAAAAAGUAUCACUUUUUAAUUCAAUUUAAUCAUGUGAACAUUGUUCUUGAGGCAAACAUUUGUGUGAAUGUCAAAUUUGUAUUAAAGUAAAUAAACUUAUAAACUGACUCUUA